GAACGCACAGGAAAUCAAACCAUUCACAAACAGCCCGCAGAACACCCCGCAAUGAAGAAGCAGCCGAUCCCCCAAAUCCUUUAUAAAUCCCUCUUCCCUGUCCCAGGGCCCAAGGACCCUGCCUCGUUUGAUCAAUUUGUCAACGAAGUCCUCGAUCCCGAGAUCCGCUCCGAAAUCGCAGAGUGGUAUAACUGUCACACCGCCGAAGAACUCGAGGAAGUCUAUCCCGGCUGGGAUUACGCCGACAGCAAUGUUCGUAUGAGGCUCAGCAGAUACAAGGGCCAUAACAGACUCUUCAAGGCAUUUGACAAGUUAGGCCUGAGCGCACACGAGAUUAAUAGUGUCGUUACUUGGCAUGGGACUAGGUGGGAGCUGGAGGACUGGGAGGCUGAAACCGGUUCAACCAGGGAGAGAGACCCUUCCAUCUAUGAUGAGGUGGAAGAUUACGAUGACGAUGACGAAGAGGAGGAUGAGGAUGAGGAUGAGGAUGAGGGUGGGGAAGCAGGAAUAGGGGCAGCAGGAGGGGAGGGGGCGACUCAGCGCAGCGUCACCAGCACCAACCGUUCCGCCUCGGGCCCCCCAUAGGUUACCCGUGGGGAUAGGAUAUUCGUGAUACCCAAUGGUGGUAUCUAGGCUUCAAAAGGUCAGUAAGGCCUAAUGUCUAAUAAUUAGGAAAACUCGGCUGGAGAGUCGAAAGCAUUUAACAAAAAACAGAAAACAGGAAAAGAGAGAGGUGAGAGGUUGGGGAGGGGAGAAAAGCCCCUCGGCCCAUAUGAAAACGGGGGCGGGGAGCUAUCGUUCACCUCGUUCGGCCGUGUUUGCUAUACAUUUUGUUUGGAGGUUCUGUGUUUGCUUUAUUUCCUUUCAGCACGUUCGCUCAAUUGUCUUCUGGGAAUUUUAUUGUUUGUUCGAUUUUUCAAUCACUUUUCUUCCCAACCUCUCAUCCUCACCAUUGCCUAAUGCCCUUUUCCUUUGGUCUUCGCCACCUAAUAUUUUUCUCAUUUCUAAUGGUCUUCCCCCCUCCCCCGCAAAAGCCCUGAUUGGUUAACUACUCUGCGGGGGAGCUAUUUCUCCUCUUUUCUUUCCCGUUUUCUCCUACCCUGGGAUAGAUAGCUCAACGUUUGGAACUCUGGUAUCGCUUUUUCAUGGCGUCCAAAAAUAUACCCCCACUUCUCAUUUCGUUUCUCGCAACUCAUGUUGAAUCCCCCCCACCCCUAUCUCUCACUGCUGCAAUGAAAUUCCGAUCUGCUUAACUCACAUCUAGAUCUCCUCUCCUUUCCUGUCUUUUCUUUUCUUGCUUAUUCCCACAUGAGCAGAUGGUCAACUAGUUGGUUAACUUGUGUACCUUGCUUACUUGCUUGCAUUCAUGGCGUGUUAUUCGCAUAGACAACACACCCCGCCGGGGGUUUUCCUGUAGCUUCUUGCUCUUGCUUGUUUGUUUGGUCUUUUCUCUCUUACUGUUGGCGCCGGUGGGGUAAAAUCGAGGUGGGCGUUCGCGAGUGACGAGCUGUGAGCAGGGGAGUUAAGAAAUCUUGCCUUGUGGAAUUUAGGAGAUUAAAGACCUAGCUUUUCCAGAUCAGGUUAUAUACGGCGAACCGGUCCUGCUAACCCAGUAUCAUACGAGGCGCCACAAUCCGACCCCAGAACACACAGUACAGUCGCUCAGAGGCGAGGUCUGCGAUUAGCAAGGCUCUAGGGGAAGAAGAUAUAUCAUAUAAAAAAAAUAUGAUGUGAGUCCGGGGGGGGGGGAGAAGCUUUCAUUAACUCGGAACAGCAAUCGCGAACCCUAAAUGUCAUAUAGUAUAUACUCUCUGCCAUAGUGUAAGGGCCGUAUCUCUAAGAAAAAUGCUAGUCAGCGGUCGUGAACUGUGUUGUACGGAAUACAUCUCAUUCCUUAGAGAUCACAAGGACUUGCAACCACAAGCCAUCUACAAGUACUCGUACAGUACACUACUGCACACACUCCCGCGCACCCAAUACGAAUACGAUACUGUACCGUGCUGUACAGCUGUCACCGGAGCAUUCACGGCAUCCGGUGAUGGAAUCAUCGUCUUGCUUAUAAUAAAUACCCCCUGUGAUAAAUACUAAUGAUGGGCCCUACAGUAGUAUGAUACCCAGAUCUAGAGGUGGCCCUUUGAUCACUACAAUACUGCUUGUAACUUGUGAUGCUAGUAGGGUACCGUGGACGGUGCUGUGAUCUCUGGGGGGAUCUCGCAUCUUCCUUCCUGAAUUUAUAUAUGUUUUCCUUUAGAAUCUCCCGUUUUGUUGGGUUGUUUGCGGAGGAGGGGUGGGUGGAUGGAUUGGUUGAUGGAUUGAUGAAUGGGUGGUCCGGUUUUAGGUGCUGAGCGGGAGUGGGUUUUGGAGAGAGA